CUUUGGAUCCAGUUAACAUGGAGGAGGCCAACAAGUUAAUUGCCCUGGGUAAGAAACACCUGCAGGAGGAGGAGGAGGUGAUGAAGGCGGUGGAUGUCCUCCAGGAGGCCUGUAGCAUGCUAGCUAAACAGUUUGGUGAAAAAGCAGAUGAGUGUGGACAGGCUUACUACUGGUACGCUGUAGCGCUGUUGGAACAGGAACGGAUGGAGAACCGUGUCCUGGGUAACGCUCUGGCUGGAAUCUGUGUUGAAGUGGAUGAGGAGAAAAGUGAAGACUCCAUUGUAGAAGGCACAGAAAAACUUGAUGAAGAGACCAUGGAUGAGCUGAGAGCCCAGGUGUACGACGCCAUGGCAGAGCGAGAAGGCGAAACUUCAGCACAGAAGAAAGAUGACGCCACAGCCGAGAAGGAUGAGGACAAAGAUGACAACGCAGCAGAAAAGAAAGACGAAGACUCGACAGCAGAGAAGGAUCGGGAAAAGGCUGAAGGCAACCAGAGCGACACUGCAGAGAAUGAUGAACAGAAAACUGUAAAAGAGGAAGAUAAAGACAAGGUUAGUGAUGGAACAGAACCAAACGGUGAAGAAAAGGAGGAAACGAAGAAAGAGGCAGAAGAACUGGAAGAGGAGUCGAAGGAGGCAGAAGAUGGCGAGGAGGAAGAUGAAAUGGAGGUUGAGGAAGAGGGCGGUGAAGGGGCAGGGGGUAACGCUGAAGGUCAAGAUGGAGAGGACACUGCUGGGAAGGAGAGUGACGACGAGGUGGAGAAUCUGCAGCUGGCCUGGGAGAUGUUGGAACUCGCUAAAAUCAUCUACAAAAGGAAAGACACAAAGGAGGAUCAGUUGAUGCUGUCCCAGAUUCACCUGAAAUUGGGUGAAGUUUCUGCUGAAUCAGGAAACUGCAAAGAUGCAAAGGAGGAUUUCAAUGAGUGUCUGAACCUGCAAUUGAAGCACCUGGAACCCGACAGCCGCCUGCUGGCUGAGACCUACUACAACUUGGGUCUGCUCUACACCAACAUCAGUCUGCACGAAGAUGCCGCAGAGUCAUUGAGCCGCUCCAUCGCCAUCAUAAACACCAGGCUUGAAAACCUGCAGAAACUGAUCGAUAAUGCUGCAGGUCCAGAGGAUCUGCCCGACGAGAGGCAGGAGAUGGCGAACCUGCAGUCUCUGCUGCCGGACAUAAAGACAAAAGAGGCGGAAGCCAUUCACAACGCAAAGAUGGCCAAGAUGGCACAAGAGCCACGCGAUGAAGGUUCCUCUUCCUCGGCUGGUCCCGCUACACAGAACAGAGAAUCAACAUCAAUGGUAAAUGGUUCGUCAGCUGAUGAAAAUCCCUCUGAGACCCAGGCCACAGACAUCUCCCACCUGGUCCGAAAGAAGAGGAAACCAGAGAGUCCAAAGCAGUGUGUGGGCAAAAAGGCGAAACAGGAUGAAACCCACGAAGACGAGGAGCCUCACACCAGCGGGACGCAGGGACAGAGCAGCGGAACCCAGGGACAGAACCAGACCCAAAGCAGCGACGCCCAAAGCAACGGGCCCGAGGGACAAAGCGGCGACACCCAGAACAGUGGGACUCAGGGACAGGGUAGCGGGACCCAAAACGACGAUACUCAGGGACAGGGUAGUGGGACCCAAAGCAACGGGACUGAGGGACAGAACAGUGGGACCGAAAACAGUGAGACCCAGAGCGGCGGGGCCUGCAACGAGACCCAGGGACAGAGCAGCGGAACCACCCACGAACAGAGUAACGGACCCCUCAGCGGACCUCACGGGCAGAGCAACGGAACUCACGGACAGGGCAACGGACCCCUCAAUGAACCUCAAGGGCAGAGCAACGGAACUCAAAACCAGAGCAACGGACCCCAUAACGGAGCUCACGGACAGAGCAGCAGCGUGGAGGGGGAGGGAAACUGAUUCCCAGUUAAACUUCACCAGAAGGAUUCAC